AUGGCUCAUUUAUUGUCAGAACAAGAAGUCGUCGAAUUCUCGAAAAUCUUCGUAUCUUUUGAUAAAGACGGCGAUGGCCACAUUAGAAAAGUAGAGCUGAAGUCAGCCAUGGCCAAGAUUGGACACAACGCAUCCGAAGCUGAACUGGCAUCUCUGCUUGCCGAGGCGGAUACCGACGGCGAUGGAGCUAUCAACCACGCUGAAUUUCUGGAACUGAUGGCUAAGAAAUUGAAAGAGCCAACUACAGACGAAGAAUUGACACGUGCGUUCCAGGUAUUCGACACUAACGGGGAUGGCAGAAUCAGUCAGGAAGAAAUGUUCCUUGUCAUGAAUAAUCUGGGUUUGAAGUUGUCGACUGCGGAGACGGAGAAAUUACUUCGCAACCACGAUGUAAAUAAGGACGGCCACAUCGAUUACAAAGAAUUUGUGAAAAUGAUGAAAUCCAACUGA